AUGGAGGAGCUCAACUUUGUUGGUUCAAGCUUCGAAGAACUCGAUUGCGAGCAGUACUACAAUCAGCUCGCAGCCAGCGAUUUUCACACAGCAACCUGCCUCACCCCGUGGGAACCACCCGACUUGUGUAUUGACUGUUUCGUUUCGAUUGCUUCGAACGAUGCCCAAUUACCGGCGUCUGGGCUGUACGGCGCCGUACAGAACACUGUGGACACGCCGGCAAUGACUUAUGCACAAGUUGCGGCGUUCUCGUCGCUGGURGAGCCGACACCAGUGCGCCGUCCUUGGGCGACGUCCGAUGCAGAAACAGCUCGACCAGGGACACACUCACAGCCUCGUCCAGGACCAGUAUUUCGGCGGUCGCGGCCUCAGGGUAAUGACCCGCAGAGUGUUAUUAAGGACUCUGGCGAGGCUGUGCCGGUUCGACAGCGGGCAAGCAUGACUUAUGCAGAAGUGGCGCAACACUUCGACGAACAAGAUGAGCUUGAUGGAGGUUUUGGCAGUCGCAGCCUCUAUACCUCUACAGAAAACAGUCUGGGGUUACCAAAUCAGAACAUCUGCUGUGUUUCGAAGCAGUCGCCUUACCGGACCUCGCGCUCAGUGUCAUCGCGGGCUGCGCCAUAUUCUAUCUCACAGGUUCGGCGCCAGCAACCUCGCGAUGUGUGUAUUCCUACGCUCUCUCAGCAAGAGCACAACUUCGACCCGCGUAACCCUUAUACUCUCGUUCAGAGAACGACAAGAGGUGGACAUCGAGAUCCCGUGUCAGCAGAUCUGACUGCCAGCGAGUCGGCCUCGCCGUUGUCCUGUGGCACUCUCUCAACGAUAUCAGCAGCUAGCCGGUCCCGCAGAAAGGAAGUCCAAGACCGUCCCCAUCCUUGCUUGGUGUCGGGUUGCCUGUGGAGAUUCGUCAAUCCAAAGGACUUGAAGAGGCAUCAAAAGACACAUGCUCCGGGUGCCACUCCUGCCUUUCCGUGUCCCUAUCCUUUCUGCAUCAAAUCGUUCACUCGUCACGAUAAUCGCAUGCGCCAUGUCAGGUCUGAGCAUGCAGAUGACUCCGGGCUGGGGACGUCCGCGAGCAGUUCGGAGUAUGCCAGCGUAUCUCAUUCUUCCUUUCCACUGAUGUGA